CCCCAUUCUCUCACCAUCUCAUUUUCUGUUAUAGAUAUAUAAGUUAUAUCAGUUCUGUAAGUGACGGAAAAUGGAGAAAAACAAAAUAAGUUCAUCGGAGAUCACCGCCGACGUUACCGGAGUUAAUAACGAUAAUAAUAAUAAUGUUAAUGAUAAGAUACUUCCGUCAAAUCUCAACGAUAACGAUGAAUUAAUAGAUCAAUUUGAUUUCAGUUCUGGUGAAUUAUUCAAUCCUAUUCAAGUAGCAGCUUCUUCGAUUUUCCCGCCAAAAUUCAUUUUACAAUCACAGCUGUCAUUUUCCUCACCUUCUGACUGUUCCUUCGAUGACGAUGCGUUUAGCGCCAACGCGAUUGCGACGGAGAAUAGAUUGAAUCAGGCGAGCUUCAUCCUUGAGUAUCAGCAGCUGUAUAAUAGCUACACGAUGUGUUUAACGAGUUUACAGGAUUCCGUCAGAGAAGUCGAGAUUCUCCGUGAACAGAACGAGGCGCUUCGGAUGGCUAACGGUGAGUUGAUGCAGCAAUUGAGUAUGUUUUCAAGGAAAAACGGCGCGUUUCGUUCGCAGAAUUUGAUUGGAGAUUUUAGUCGGUUAAGUAUUGGAUCUCCGUUUAAUAGUGAAAGUAAUAGUGUGGAGAAAGUUCCGAGCGUUAGUCCUACUAGUGUCAUUGAUUGGGCUCCGAAUAGCAUCUCGGUUCGUUCUAAAGGUUAUUUGAAACCGACUUCUUCUGCUCAACGUCCACGUCGUCAACAGCCUGCAACUGCUUCUUCAACUCAACCGCAUCGACUACACGUGGCUGUGGCUGGGGAGAAGAAAGCAGGGGGUGGCUUGGAGUUCGAGGUGUAUAAUCAAGGAAUGUCGAAAACUGAGCUGUGUAACAAAUGGAAGGAGACUGGAGCUUGUCCUUAUGGAGAUAAUUGUCAUUUUGCACAUGGAGCAAGUGAGCUGCGACCUGUGAUUCGCCAUCCUCGCUACAAAACUGAGGUGUGUCGUAUGGUUCUUUCUGGAGAUAUCUGUCCUUACGGUCAUCGUUGUCACUUUAGGCAUACGCUUACUGAUGAAGAGAUGCCAAGUGCUGUGAAUCCUCGCUGAUCGAUUGCUUGAAAUAAGCUGUUAAUUGAAAUGGUGAUGCAGUUUAUGUACAUUUGGGGAUCGAUCUUUUAAUUUCAUGGAAACUAAAAUAAGUAAAACACUUGUUUAGAGUAAUUAAGUAUAUAUAUCUUAGAACUCAAGGUUUAUUAAUUGUUGAUUAUACUAUUUUAAGCGAUUUCCUUGUCAUGAUUGUAGCGAUUUUUUAUGUACUGGUUUAU